CUGCUUCGAUGUUGGCCGUUGAAGGCACGUUUUCCCUUUCUUGGACGUUGAUGGGUGAGGUUUGCAUUUGGGCCGAUGAGGCUGUUGAGGUUGAACCUUGCUUUGAGGACGAUGGUGUCCUUUCCUUUGGGUGGCCGGUAAGGGUGCUUGCGCACUCUUUUUGGCCGUCGCUGACUGGCUUUCGUGUCCCUGGCCGAAGAGCCCAUUAUGGUUAACUGUUGGCAGAGGACGAUGAAUGUCCUUGCCUUAGGUGGCCUGUUGGCCGUUGCUGAUGAUGUUAUGUGCCUUUGGCCGACGAGGCGCCGUUGUGAUACAUGGACGAUGUGACCAUGCUUUGUGAUUACAUUCAUGUUUGUAUUUUUCCUCUUGUUUUGUUGAGGCCGAUGUAGUCCCCCAGUCCCCCACUGCUUCAGGCCGAAGAGAGUGAGGGGUGAAGGAGUUGCUUGAGUCCCUGGCCGAAGCGGCCUCUCCGUAGUGCCCCUGAAUCCAACCCUCAUGGCGAUUUUCUGGCCAAGGUAACCCUGUGGGAGAACCCUUGUGCGCAGAUCGCUUGUAAAGAGUUAUCAUCAAGGGUCGUUACGAGAAGCCGAUGGUUGUGGGUUCUUUGUUCCUCUGGUUCUGUGGCCGUUCCUAGCCGUUGUCAUCCCCUCAUUGUUGGCAUUUGUGAUCUUGGCAAGCUAAUAGGCCGUAGUGGGCGCUUGCUGGCACUUGUGAAGCCGGCAAGCGUAUAGGCCGUAGAGUCUGAUUUGCCGGUGGGCUCUUGAUAUGUAGGUUGGGCUUGGCCCAUUGGUGACGUGGUGGCCUCCCAUUGGCGGCCGUUGAUGUGGCCAUUGGGAGGGUGCCACGUGUAGUGACCGUUGGGUGGGGGGUUCUAUAAAUACCCCUCCCCCUCCGACCAGAAAUCUCAUUUGCAAUCUGAGUUGUCGAAGUGCUGGCCAAAUUUCUAGAGAGAUAAACUCCCAAGCUCGUGUUCUUCGUGUUCUUCGUGUUCAAGGUUAGUGUUCAUCGCAAUCUUCUGUACUUUGCAUACUUUGCUUCCUAGGCUAGUGAUCUAGUGUUAGGCGCUUGAACACCCUUAGAUCCUAAGUUAUUCCUCUUAGACUCGUAGUAGUUGUUAUGAUGAAGAGCCUAGACGAAGAGUACUAUCCGUACGACGACCAGCCCUCCACUAGGUCACUCGAUUAUGAGGUGCUUGAGGAGUUCGAGGAGGAGAUACAGCAUUUGAGUCCUUACAAGUCCGGAGAGCCGGUGGACGACGAAGGUGAGGACGAGGAGUCCGCCUCGUCUUCAAAAGGUGAGGACGCAGGUGCGUCCCGAGUGGUGGACGGGGCGUCCACUUCCGCUGUUAUCCCAUGCCCGAGACCGGUGUCUACCGUGAAGGGAGCAGAUAAGCCGAAGAGAAUAAGGAGGCCGAAGAGCGGGCCGGGCGUCUCCUACCUGGAUCUCACAAAUAUCUUCUUGAUCAAGCCGGAGAGCAGCGCGGCUGACUACUUGGUUGCCCAGAUGUACGUGGGGCCGUACGGGCGGGUUAGGGCACCCAGGCCGACGGACCAUGUACUUCAUCCGCCACCGGGAUACUUUGGAGUAUACCCGAUGAGUUUCGUCAAGGGGCUGAGGUUUCCCCUUCAUCCCUUCAUCACCGAAUAUCUUGACAUGGUGGGGCUCCCUCCGGCCUUGCUGACGCCGAACAGCUACUCAUUGAUGGUGGGGUUUUUGCUCCGCUGUGAGGAGCUGGGCUACAGGCCGACGACGGCUCUGUUCAUGAAUCUGUAUCAGAUAGGCCGAGGAAGCCACAAAAACUGUGCGGCCUAUGCUACUCUCCAACAACUGCCGAAGAAGAGGAGCUUCACGGACUUGCCUUCGUCCAUUCAUGGGUGGAAGAGCAAGUUCGUUUUUGUAUCCCUUGGUGAGAAUGGCACCGAGUUUCCCUCUCUCGGCCAUACCGGGAGGUUCAAUCUGCAUGACCCGCCGAGGAGUUCUAUCUUGGACGCUCAGGUGGAGGCGUUCUUGGAAGGGGGGCCGAGGAGCGUGAAAGACUACAUCACCGAAUACAAGAUGACCGCCCUCGGCUUCUUAAGAUACCAUGUGUAUGGCGUCAAGGAGGACGAUAUCCAACUCUGGCCGAGGAUGACCACCACCUUCGAAGAGGCCGACGGCCCGGAUUUGGGCAUUCCUGCUGAGGCCGAUGAUUUUGCCAUGGAUCGCCAUUCAAUCAUGGCUAUUGCCAAGGCCAAGGCGGCCGAGGAGUUGGCUACAAAGGCGGCCGAGGAGUUGGCUGCAAAGGCGGCCGAGGCGGCCAGACGUGCCACGGCCGAGGGGGGCGGGGCUACUGCUGGUGCGGCCCCGAAGCCUGCCCAGUCCAAGAAGAAGAGGCCUCCUACUGACGGGCAGAAGAAAUUGACCGAGGCCGGCCUGAACGUCACUAAGAAGACGAAGAGGGCACCGUCUCCUUCCCAUGCUACUGAGGCCGACACUCUGACCGUCCCAAGUGUGGACGAUAGUGGUCCCGUUGUGGACCUCACUGCUGCUCCAAGCGAUGCUGUCCAAUCGCUCCCUCUCGUCCAGGAGCCACGGACGAAGAGGGCCGGUAAGGAGAUUGCCGCUGCCACCUACCAGAAGAUGGUGGAAUACCCCGUCGGCGGGGGUGUUUUUGAUGAUGUCGUCCUCGGCCACGAUGUCCUGGCCCAGGCCAUGCCGGCCAAAGAUAGGGCCUACCUCAAGAGGCUCGGGGACGUCAAGGUGUACGAAGGCGGGAUGGACCUCCUCGUCCAAGGUGCCUUCAUGCUUAUGGAGAGCCACAAGAGGCAGCACCGGGAGAUUGCUCGUCUGAAAGAGCUGGAGCAGAAGGCUGCCUCGGCCGAUGAGGCGGUAGCCUGCUUGGAUCGGCUCCGGGAGGAUGCCAAGGCCUUGCAACAGAGGGCCGACGAGGCCGCUGCAGCCAGGGACGAUGCCCUGGCCAAACUCGAGGAGAGCCAGAGGGCGCUUGAGGCCGAACGGCGCAAAAACGAUGAAGCCGUGAAGGCAAAAGCUGAGGCCGAGGCUGCCGCUGUGAAGGCUGCUGAUGAGGUCGUUAAGCAGUUCUUGGCCGAGGGGUGGAAGGCCAAUGGGGAAUGAACUCCCCCGCCGGCCAGGAGUAUUUUAGCAGGGAGAUGGUCGUGUACUAUAACAUGGGCCAAGAGCGGAUGCAGAGGCUCCUGUGUCGGCGGCUAUCGCGUGCCCUCAAAGCCAUGAAUUAUACCUCCGGGUGGGCUAGGCGGAACUUGAAGCUUCCCAAGCUGAUGAAAGAUCCCGAGGAGCAGGCCAAGCUUCCUCUUGCGGAGCGGGAAUCCCCAAUCGAGAGUUCCGGCCUCGGCGAGCCGGAUUACACGGAGUUUGACUUCCUGGACGAUGCCACCAGUUCUGCGGCUGCCGCUGACCAGGAGACUGAGACCGAGGAGGGAGCCGAAGAUGUCGAAGAGCCAGCCGAGGAUGGAGGCGCCCAAGAGGCUUGAUCGGCUACUCCCCGCUCCCUUGUAAUUAAUUUUCUAUUUUUGCCCACUUGAUGUAAUGGCCGAAGCGCCCACCAUUGUACUGAAUUGCUUAUGAAUGAAAAUUUUGAUGUCCU